AUGAUAGAGACGUGUGCUGUGCCGCACGAAACUUACGAGCAGAACGAGGUACGAAUGGAGAAGCUGAAGCCUUUCUUCGAGAUGGGCCUUGGAUCGCAAGACAACCAUUGGAUGGAAUGGACAUUUCCAAAAUAUUGCGAAAGGCGAUGGUACAUCACCGAUCAGGGUUAUGUCGGUAUCGGGACUGAAGAUCUGCAGGUCGGAGAUGUGGUUGCAAUGUUAUGGGGUCUGGACAAAGCAUGCAUCCUCCGCCCUGUGCAAGAAGAUGAGAUGACUGAGGGAGGGACGCGUCAGCAUCGUUUCAUUGGAGCUGCAUAUUGUCGUGGUGCUGAAGAGGUUGUGCUCAAGAGACCAAUGGACGGAACAACGGAACAAGAAACGAAAGCGGCAUGGAUGCUGCCGAAUGAACAAAAGCAACAGAUGGACCAAAAAGAUCUCAAGGGACAAUAA